AUGCCAAUUUCUAUCAAAGACUAUGCUCAUCCAAGCCAUUCUUUGCCAAGAGAAUGUUUUGGAGUAGUUUUCAAACAUGUAAGUUUUGAAUAACUUUGUUUUUUUCGCAUUUAUUCAUCUAUUGUUUCAGCUUGAAAGAAAAGAUGUGCAAAAACUGAGAAAAACUUGUUCCUUUAUGGAUCAAUGUUAUAAAACAGAACGCAACGACAUUCCUGGACCAAUCUGCAAUGCAAAAUUCAACUACUUCGACGAGCAGCUUACUCUCACAUUCAGCUCUCAAAAUUCAAAAUUGGUUCCAAGAGAUGUGCCGCUGUCAGAAUGGAGAAUUGUUUUCCGAAAUGCCGAAUGUGUUCAUUUGGAAAUCAAUACCGAUAGUGAGAUUCCUAUGAAUCUAUUGGAAGAAAUAUUGUGCUGUGAUUUAAUUGAAGACAUCAAAUAUGUUGGACCACAAAUCAGCGAGCAAAUGUUGAAUCGAUUAAAUGAAGCUGCAAAAUAUGAAAUCGACCUGAAAGUAGACAAUUGGGCAGCAAACACGGCUGCAAUUUCGAAAUUGACCAAACUCAACAUUCUGAAUCCAAUCGCCAGCCUUGAAGAUAUAAUAGAAGUUAUGCGAACUGUUCCGGAUAUCAAUGUUUGUAUGUCUUGGGAGACUCUUGUCAACAGUAUGCGUUCUUUGGAAGUAAGUUUUCAAAUGAUAUCAUUUCAAAUUUCAUUUUCCUAAUUUCAAUUUUUCAGACACUCCGAAACAGUAAAAUUGUGCCGGAUUGGCAAUUCAACAUCCAUGAAGUUGUUGGAGGAGGAGCAAUUCGAAUGGUCGAGGAACAAUUAACACAACUCGUUCAAACAAUUCUUGGAGAAGAUGUUCAUAGCAACAUCACAACUGCUGAUAGUUUUAUUACUGUAACUGUUCAAUCUGAUUGA